AUGGAUGAGGAAUCCAGAGAUUUGACAGCAAUCGUGACCAUCUCUGAGGAUAGAGAAAGGGAGAAAGAGAGAGAGAGAGAGAGGGAGAGAUGUAUGGAUUUGAGGAUGGAAGGAGGAACUGAGAAGAUGUAUAUGAAGUGUGUGAAUAGGAGGGACUUUGAAGCAGAUUUGGAAAUGACGGAUCUGAGAUUUGGUUUUUGA